AUGAAAGCAAACAAUCUGACUAUAAACACGAAUGCCUCACCGGUGGCACUAGGUGCUGUUCUUGCACAGGAAAACAAAGACCAAACUCGCAGAAUCAUCUCAUUCGAAACCAAGGCUCUCACGACGACCGAGAAGAAAUACCCGCAAAAUCAACGGGAAGCGCUGGCAGCCGUUUGGGCUGUCGAACAUUUUUCCUAUUUUUUGCUGGGUAGACACUUCACGCUUCGCACGGACGCACAAGGCGUGACGUUCAUAUUAAACCGCACUCGAGAGGAAUCGAAGAGAGCCCUCACCAGGGCAGAUGGAUGGGCUCUUCGACUCAGCCCGUAUGACUACGAUGUAGAAUAUGUUCGUGGCAGGGACAACAUCGCGGAUGCAUCGUCGAGAUUGUACAGUGGGAAAUUUGAUCACCCUUUUGAAGAAGAGUCCAGCCCUUGGGAAAUAGCUUCGCUCGAAGCAAACGCGACGGGUUUCCUGACACGUACAGAGAUAGAAGAAGCGACCUCAAAAGAUGAAACACUCCAGUCAGUGAUUCAAUCCUUACAGACGGGAAAAUGGCCCGGAAGUUUACGCAAAUUUCAAGCACUUGAAGGUAAUUUAACUACACGAGAUGGUAUCGUUGUGAAAACCGGUUGCGUGGUAGUACCAGAACAGCUGCGCGAAAAGGCACUUGAGGUCGCACACAACGGCCAUCCAUCAACGGCGAAAAUGAAGUCUAUCCUGCGUCAACGUGUGUGGUGGCCGGGUAUGGCCACUGAUGCUGAAAAGUGGGUAAAUGCUUGUGCUAUCUGUGCUAUAAACGGACGACCUGAAAGACCCACUCCAAUGAGGCGUACAUUUGCUCCAAAGACAGUAUGGGAAACUGUCGCCUUAGACUUCAAUGGACCAUAUAUUCAGUUCGGUGGAGUUUCUAUCCUUGCAAUUGUCGAAUAUCGUUCAAGACAUUUAAUCGUCAAACCUGUGAAGUCGACGAGCUUUGACAGCGUGAAGCCAAUACUAGAAAUGGUUAUCGAGAGGGAAGGUUCUCUUUUUCCUCGGCAGAACGGCCUGGUAGAGAGUUACAUGAAGGUUAUAAAUAAGGCGAUGUCCACUGCAUCUUCUAACAAAACCAACUUCAUCGAAGAACUUCGUGCUGCUGUUGACGCUCACAACGCUGCUACUCAUCGAGUAACAAAAGUAGCACCUGAAGAAAUUAUGACUGGUCGAAAAAUAAAACGUCGACUCCCACUCUUGCGUCACGAGAGCAGCAAUAUUGAUGAUGAGCUGCUACAGCAACGAGAUCGGGAUGCAAAAUUACUGGCAAAACAACGCGAGGAUGCUCGUCGAGGUGCCAGGCCAUGCCGUAUUCAACCGGGUGACGAGAUCAUUGUCGAACGUUCGUCACGGGCGAAGGGGGAGACCAGAUUUUCACCAACACGUUUCACUGUUGUUGAAGAACAAAACGGCAGUCUCACGUUGACCAACGAUGCAGGCCAGAUUCGCAAGCGCCAUGUAUCCCAAACCAAGAAAGUCCAUCCGUGGCGCCAAACAAACGACGAGGGUACAUCAGGAAAUCGAAGAUUUUGUUCGUUAAACAAAAUAAUAAUUUAA